AUGCUUUCCUUGAAAAUCAGUGUUAAAGGCAGUUGCUGCAUCUGCCUCUUGAAUUGGCGCGAAAUUUGUUCUUCUUAUUUUUUUCACUUUCCUUUCCUUUUUUUUCUGUUUUUUUUUUUAUCUUUCCAUCGUCCUUCCUUCCUUCCUUCCUUCCUUCCUUCCUUCCUUCCUUCUGCUUGCGUAAACUGCAAAAGGUUGAUAAACUGUAAAAAACGAACCAAUCAAUUCUUUCUGUUUUUCUUUCUUAUUUGUCUUUCUUUCUUUUUUCCUCUUCCUUCAUUUCUUUCUUUCUUUUUCUUUCUUUCUUUUUCUUUCUUUCUUUUUUCUUUAUUUCUUCUUUCUUUCUUAUAUCUAUUUCUUUCAUUCUUUCUUUUUUCCUCUUCUUUCUUUCUUUCUUUCUUUCUUUUCUUUCUUUUAUUUUUUCCUUCUUCUUUAUUUCUUUUUAUUUUCUUUCUUUUCUUUCUUUCUUUCUUUUUUCUCUUUGUUGUUUGUUUCUUUUUUCCUCUUUCUUCCUCUUUCUUUUCUUUUUCUGUCAUCUUCUUUCUUUCUUUAUUUAUUUGUUUUUCUCUUUCUUUCUUUUUCUCUUUUUUUUUUUUUCUUUCUUUCUUUCUUUCUUUCUUUCUUUCUUUCUUUCUUUCUUUCUUUCCACCACUGUUAUCUUUCUUUCUUCCUUCCUUUCUUACUUUCUCACCAUUUUCCUUGAUUCUUUCGCUUUCGUUUUUUUCUUUUUUACUUUUUCUCUCUUUCUUCUUUUCUUUCCCCAUUCUUUCUUUUUCUUUCUUCAUGCUUAUUUUUCAUCUUUCUUUUUUUUUCUUUCUUUCUUUCUUUCCUUUUUUUUUCUCUUCUUUUCUCAAUAUUUUCUUCUUCCUUUGUUUCCAUUUUACACUUUUCAGAACCAGUUCAUAUCUAUCUAUCUAUCUAUCUAUCUAUCUAUCUAUCUAUCUAUCUCAGCCUAUUAUCUAUCUCAUAUUAUCUAUCUAUCUAUCUAUCUAUCUAUCUAUCUAUCUAUCUAUCUAUCUUAGUCUGUCCAUAUCUAUCUAUCUGUCUAUCUAUCUAUCUAUCUAUCUCAGUCUGUCUUUAUCUAUCUAUCUAUCUAUCUAUCUAUCUAUCUAUCUAUCUAUCUAUCUAAAUUUUCUAUCUUUCUCAGUCUGUCCAUAUCUAUCUAUCUAUCUAUCUAUCUAUCUCAUCUGCUCAUAUCUAUCUAUCUAUCUAUCUAUCUAUCUCACCCUAGAUGCUAGACACAAGAGAACUUCGCCUCUCCAUGCACCAUUCGUCAAUUAG